AAGAACCAGCAAAGUUGCUACACCAUCCAUCCUUUGCCUCCUUUCUUGAUUGUGUGAUCAGUAAUUAGAAAGAUCGAUGAGGAAGCCUGCAGCUGCUGCAGAUCAUAAUAAUAAUAAUACAAUGAUAAUGGUGAAGGAAAAGGUGAACACUAACAGUGUUAUUCAUAAUAAGGGUAAGCUGAGGAAGGGUUUGUGGUCGCCGGAGGAGGACGAGAAGCUCAUGAAUUACAUGCUCACCAACGGGCAGGGCUGUUGGAGCGACAUUGCCAGAAAUGCGGGUCUCCAGAGGUGCGGGAAGAGCUGCCGCCUGCGCUGGAUCAAUUAUCUCCGCCCCGACCUCAAGCGCGGUGCCUUUUCCCCUCAGGAGGAAGAACUUAUCAUCCAUUUACAUUCCAUUCUUGGCAACAGGUGGUCUCAGAUUGCGGCCCGGCUGCCGGGGAGGACCGACAAUGAAAUCAAGAAUUUCUGGAAUUCCACAAUAAAGAAGAGGCUAAAGAACAACAGUAACAACAACAACUCAGAAUCCUCCCCAAACAACAGUAACAGCGACUCCAUGUCAGAAUUAAUUAAGGCUACUGGUACUACUGCAGGGGGUAGCCUUAAUUACAUGGGAGCAGCAGGGACAAUUUUCAUGCAAGAAUACGAGGUGGCAGCCAUUUGCAUGGAUUCCUCCUCGUCUUCCUGUUCCUCCAUGCAGCCACCCUCUAAUUUGGGCAGUACCCAAUUCACCAACCCUUUUAACAAUACCACUACUCAUCAUCACCAUCAUCAUGAUCAGAGUAAUAUUUUCAUCGACGCAAAUUCAGUAUUCAACUUGUCAGCUUGCUUACAGCAAGGAGGAGGAGGAGGAGGAGUUGGAGUUGGUGGGGUUGGGGGGUUUGGGGAUUAUGAUCAUCAUGAUGCUGCAGGGGUGAUGGAAUUACCAUAUGAUCAUAUGAUGGGGUUGGAAAGUGAGCUUUCAGUGCCUGGAUUGGAGCACAACAACAUUAGUAGUUACAACAAUGGGGUAAAUUUGGACAAGAACAAUAAACAGGUGAACCAAUACUAUAAUUUGAUGAAUGAUCAGUGUAGUACUAAAGUAGAGGAAUUAGUGGAGGUUGGGUUUGGAGUUGGAAUUGGAAAUGAUGAUAAUUGGGAGGGAUCAGAAAGCUUCAAAAUGGGGGAAUUGGAUUGGGAGGGUUUGUUGGCUAAUGUCUCCUCCUUACCUAAUUACCUUGAUUUCCAACUUCAAUAAUUCAUAAUCUCUCUCUCUCCCUCUCUCAUAAACACACACAAUUCUUUGUCAUAGCCCCUACUCAUUCAUGUCCUGAUCACUAAAUUUUGAGAUGUGAGCGAAAAUACUAGACGACGGUGGCACGCGGUUUACUAUAUAUGUUGGAAGUUUUUGGUUUUGGGGAUCCAUGAAAUAAGUGGUUGAGUAUAUACCAUUAUAGCUAGGGAUAUUGAUCAUCACAUAUAUAUGUAUGUAGAAAUUGAAUUGAAGGUGCAUGGUAGGUUCGUACGUACUAGGUAGGACAUAUAUAUAUAUAUUGGCAACAUGUGAAUAGUGAAGAAGAUGGGAUCAGAUGGUGAUUCAUGAGACCAAGAACAUAAUAAAGGAUAUCAUUCAAUUUGUAUUUAGUCUUUGUCUUUUUUGUUUUUGUAUAGUUUGGAAUCAAUAAUAUAUAUGAUAUAAGGAGGAGGAUGGAGAUACUACUGCU